CGUGGGUGACCCAGAGAUGUCGUCAGCUGUUCUGACGGAGCGUCACCGCGGAUAAUCCUGGAUUAAACAGGUGAAACACAUCAACCUCCGGAGGUGCGCGUGUCCCAGACCAUUCUGUCCCGGACCGGUCGAGUCCGGCUCGAAUUAGUUCGGAUAGCUACGUCGGCUUCCAGUUAUCUCCUCUGAUAGCUCUGCUAGUGUAUCCUGACUGAUCUUCACACGCACGUCAGCUGUUCCUUCUAGAGAUGAGCCGAGACACCCAGCUGUUCCUUCUAGAGAUGAGCCGAGACACCCAGCUGUUCCUUCUAGAGAUGAGCGGAGACACCCAGCUGUUCCUUCUAGAGAUGAGCCGAGACACCCAGCUGUUCCUUCUAGAGAUGAGCGGAGACACCCAGCUGUUCCUUCUAGAGAUGAGCCGAGACACCCAGCUGUUCCUUCUAGAGAUGAGCCGAGACACCCAGCUGUUCCUUCUAGAGAUGAGGCGAUAUACCCAGCUGUUCCUUCUAGAGAUGAGCCGAGACACCCAGCUGUUCCUUCUAGAGAUGAGCCGAGACACCCAGCUGUUCCUUCUAGAGAUGAGCCGAGACACCCAGCUGUUCCUUCUAGAGAUGAGCCGAGACACCCAGCUGAUCCUUCUAGAGAUGAGGCGAUAUACUCAGCUGUUCCUUCUAGAGAUGAGCCGAGACACCCAGCUGUUCCUUCUAGAGAUGAGGCGAUAUACUCGGCUGUUCCUUCUAGAGAUGAGCCGAGACACCCAGCUGUUCCUUCUAGAGAUGAGCCGAUAUACUCGGCUGUUCCUUCUAGAGAUGAGGCGACAUACAGGUGCUGGCCAGUAAAU